UUUAAGUGGCAGGCCAUCUCUCUGACUGUGAUUGAGAGGGUGCAGAUUGCCGCCAUUGUCCUGGGCUCUCUGUUCCUCUUUGCCAGUAUCUCCUGGUUGGUGUGGUCCUCACUCAGCCCCUCGGCGAAGUGGCAGCGACAGGACCUCCUGUUUCAGAUCUGCUACAGCAUGUAUGGCUUCAUGGACGUAGUUUGUGUAGGACUAAUAAUCCACGAAGGAUCAUCUGUUUACCGGAUCUUUAAGCGCUGGCGGGCAGUGAACCAGCAGUGGAAAGUGCUGAAUUAUGAGAAAGCCAAGGAUUUGGGUGACUCCAGUGGUUCCAACGAUAAAUCUGUCAGUCAGGUUGAGAGAAACUUUUCAGACGGAGUCACAGUCGACGGACAGAGAACAAGUCGGCAUGUCAGGGCUAUCCUCACCCACCACUGUGGCUACACUAUACUGCACAUCCUAAGCCAGCUGAGGCCCUCCAACCUGCAUGGGGCCAACCAGGAGAUGGUCAUGAGAGUCACCACGGUGUAAAGCCAAGUCCUAAUCAGAACAGUGCUUCGGCCAUGGCAGACGGGGAAAUAAAAGUGCUGAUAACAACAAAUCCUAAUGUGCCAUAAAUAAAACAGCUAUGUAAAGUGACAACAUAUGUUCUCAGGUUUUAACUGAGCCUUGAGGAUUCAUCUCUUUCUGACCAGACCAUUACAGUGAGGUGUAGAACAUAGGGGCUGCUGGCUAUAAACACAUUUAUAGAAAGAAAAAAACAACCAUUCACUGAGAAAUACUGAUAUCUAAAGUAUCCCAGUCUCAAUUAGAGCUAAAAAUGAAAGUAAAAAUUAAGUAUAAUUUAAUUUUACUUUGUAUUUAAUGUCCCAUUAAAUACAAAAAAGUCCCUUUCUUUUUCCCUUCAUCCCUGUUAUUCCUUAUUUCCUGCCUCUAGUUUUUCCUUCCUUCCUUCCUUCCUUCCUUCCUUCCU